AUGGUCAUCACUACUCAUUGGAUUGAUAAUGCUUCGGAGUAUCAUAAAAGAUUUAUCAAUUUUUUCCAAGUGGUAGAUCAUAAAGGGGAAACAAUUGACAAUGAGAUCGAGUUAUGCCUUUUAGAAUGGGGCAUCUCUAAGUUGUUUACCAUUACGGUAGACAAUGCUUCCUCUAAUGAUGUUUCCAUUAGAUACUUGAGGAGGAAAUUCAAGGAGAAAGAGAAAGGACUAAUUUUGGAUGGAAAGUUUUUACAUGUGAGGUGUUGCGCUCAUAUAGUGAACCUAAUUGUCACUGAAGGGUUGAAGGAAAAGCAUGGGUCAAUUGCAGCAAUUAGAAAUGUUGCAUUUGAUAGGAUGCAAUCAUAUGUUAAUUAUAUGAAAUAUUUUGAUGAGGUUGACAAAGAUGGAAAACUAAAGGAGGGGCCCCCCACUGAUGUUGAUUGGGAUAAUGCUCUAGAGUUGUAUGACUUAGCAGUUGACAAUGAUGAGAACAAGUUAUUGAGGACAAUGGAAACGAGCAUGAAACUAAAGUAUGACAAGUAUUGGGGAAAGCUUGAUAAUUGUGAGGCACUUCUAAUUGCCUUGGUCCUUGACCCAAGAUAUAAGCUUGAGUAUCUCAGUCAUUGCUUUAGUGCUACUUAUGAUGAGAUGGCAUGCAAAGAGAUGGUGAAAAUGGUAGAGAAGACAAUAUGGUCAAUAUUUGAUCAAUAUAAUGAGACAACAUCAAGUCUUCAUCCAUCGGCAUCUAUGACUCAGCUAAAGUCUCAGUCUAUUGCUAGUGCUUCAUCCACGUUCAUCAUGCCUGUUAGUGGUCAACCUACUACCAAGAAGUCACGUAAUUUGCAUGAUCAAUUUGUGGCACAGAGAUUGGAGAAGGAUGAUGGAAUGACAAAAAAUGAGGUCGAUAAAUAUUUGGAAGAGGAACCUGAGUGA